GCUACAAACAGUGCAAACACAACACAAAGUCCUCCUCACUCGGAGAUAAAUAUCCUAAAGUUAUUGCAAACCUCACACUGAAAUAAGAAUUUAUCACGAGAUUGUGCUUUCGUUCAGCAUGGCAACUCCAGCUAUCGGAAUCGACCUGGGCACCACGUACUCGUGCGUGGGCGUGUUCCAGCACGGCAAGGUCGAGAUCAUCGCCAACGACCAGGGCAACAGGACCACGCCCUCCUACGUCGCCUUCACCGACACAGAGAGACUCAUCGGAGACGCCGCCAAGAAUCAGGUGGCCAUAAAUCCGAGCAACACAGUAUUCGAUGCUAAACGUCUGAUCGGUCGGAAGUUCGACGAUGCAACUGUUCAGAAUGACAUGAAGCACUGGCCUUUCACUGUGAUCAGCGAGGGCGGCAAGCCAAAGUUGAGAGUGGAAUUCAAGGGAGAAAGCAAGACUUUCAACCCUGAGGAGAUCUCUUCCAUGGUGCUGACCAAGAUGAAGGAGACAGCCGAAGCCUACAUGGGGAACAGUGUAAAGGACGCCGUGAUCACGGUGCCCGCCUACUUCAACGACUCUCAGCGACAAGCCACCAAGGACGCAGGAACCAUCGCGGGCAUCAACGUUCUUAGGAUCAUCAAUGAACCCACAGCCGCCGCCAUUGCUUAUGGACUGGACAAGAAAAGCGUAGGAAAAGGAGAGCGAAACGUGUUGAUCUUCGACCUGGGAGGCGGAACCUUCGACGUGUCCAUCCUCAGCAUCGAUGACGGAGUGUUCGAGGUCAAGGCAACAGCCGGCGACACACAUUUGGGAGGCGAAGACUUCGAUAACAGGAUGGUUAGUCACUUCACUCAAGAGUUUCAUAGGAAGUUCAAGAAGGAUCUUACCACCAACAAACGCGCACUUCGACGUCUUCGAACCGCUUGUGAACGAGCCAAGCGAACUCUGUCGUCGUCCACACAAGCCAGUCUGGAAAUUGAUUCUCUGUUCGAAGGCAUUGACUUUUACACUUCUAUCACCCGUGCAAGAUUUGAAGAACUUUGUUCUGACCUUUUCCGAGGAACUCUAGAUCCCGUGGAGAAAGCUCUACGAGAUGCUAAGUUAGACAAGACAAGCAUUCACGAAAUCGUGUUGGUAGGUGGAUCCACACGCAUCCCCAAAGUACAAAAACUACUUCAAGAUUUCUUCAAUGGAAAGGAACUGAACAAGUCCAUCAACCCAGAUGAAGCUGUUGCUUACGGUGCCGCAGUUCAGGCAGCUAUUUUACGUGGUGAUCAAUCCGAGACUGUGAAAGACAUGUUACUUCUUGAUGUGAUUCCACUUUCAAUGGGUCUUGAGACAGCUGGAGGAGUCAUGACAGUGCUUAUCAAGCGCAACACCACAAUUCCCACCAAACAUUCUCAGACCUUCACUACAUAUUCUGACAAUCAACCAGGUGUUCUCAUUCAGGUAUACGAAGGCGAACGAGCCAUGACCAAGGAUAACAAUUUGUUGGGCAAGUUUGAAUUGAGUGGCAUUCCUCCAGCUCCUCGUGGAGUGCCCCAGAUCGAAGUCACUUUCGACGUGGACGCCAAUGGUAUCCUCAACGUGACAGCGGUAGACAAAUCCACAGGGAAGGAGAACAAGAUCACCAUUACCAAUGACAAGGGUCGUCUUAGCAAAGAGGAAAUCGAGAGAAUGGUCAACGAGGCAGAAUCGUAUCGGGAACAAGACGCUAAACAACGAGAUCGCAUUGAAGCCAAGAACCGACUUGAGUCACUUUGUUUCAGUGUCAAAUCAUCCGUUAAUGAACCUUCAGUGUGUGACAAGGUGUCUCCCGAUGAAAAGCGUCAUGUGGAAGACAAGGCAGAAGAAGCGUUGAGGUGGCUGGACGCCAAUCAGUUGGCAGAGAAGGAAGAAUACGAGUACAAGAUGAAGGAAUUGGAACAGGUGUGGCGGCCAAUAGCGAGUAAAAUCCAUGGAUCAGCUGGAUCCCCUGGAUACAGUGGCUCCCCAGGAAACGGUCCGACUGUGGAAGAAGUUGACUAAAUAUUCUUAGUUUUUAUUCAAAUUAUGAAUACAAAUGUUCUUGUAUACAUCUAUAUCCAUGUAAUCACAGGAAGAUUUGACUCUGCAUUGUGAAUGUGAAUACUGCCCGGUUAUUUUAUGUAUUUUUAUAUUUUUGAAUAAUAAAAAAACUUAUUAAAGAAA